CCUCUCCAAAGGAAUGCAACCCUAUGUGACCCUUUUCCACUGGGACACACCUCAGGCAUUAGAAGAUAAAUAUGAAGGAUUUCUUAGCCCCAAUAUUACAAACGACUACAAGGACUAUGCUGAAGUCUGCUUCAAGGAGUUUGGUGAUCGAGUGAAGCGCUGGAUCACCUUCAACGAGCCCUGGACCUUCAGCUCAUCGGGCUACGCAGUCGGCUUUGCUGCCCCAGGUCGGUGCUCGCCAUGGGACUUUGGCAGAUGCAGUGCUGGGGAUUCAGGAAGGGAGCCUUACAUCGUGGCCCAUCACCAGCUUCUUGCACAUGCAGAAACAGUUCGGUUGUACAGAGAGAAAUACCAGCGCGUGCAAGGGGGAACGAUUGGCAUAACUCAAAUCUCGCACUGGUUUCUUCCCUACAACCGCUCCAUAACGAAUGAUGCUGCAGCGAGACGCGCCAUAGACUUCAUGUUUGGAUGGUUUAUGGACCCUCUUAUCAAAGGUAACUACCCAGCAAGCAUGAGAGGAUUGGUCGGAAAUCGCCUGCCGAAGAUUACCGAAGAGCAAUCCAAGUUGAUCAAGGGUUCGUUCGAUUUCAUUGGACUCAACUACUACACUACAAACUAUGCUUCCCCGCUCCCUCCAUCAAAUGGUCUUAACAAGACCUACAGCACUGAUUCUCAUGCGAACCUUACCGGUGUACGGAACGGCGUCCCUAUAGGCCCUCAGGGCGGUUCAUCUUGGCUCUACAUCUACCCUCAAGGGUUCCGUGAUCUGCUGCUGUAUAUCAAAAAGUACUACGGCAAUCCGCCCAUCUACAUCACUGAAAAUGGUACAGAUCUCGACACCAUCGAUCCUAUAUAUUCCUUGCUAAUACGGUUUAAAGAUCUUGCAACCAAGUCAGAAUUACAGUAAAACUUUGAAUAAGUUUUU